GCUUGGUGCCUGGUGUCCAGGGUAAUUUCCUUUCAUAGCGUCCACUGCCAUCCUAGCAUUAGCAUUUUCCCUGCCGUGGUGGUAACACUUGGUGCGUGAGAGUGUGUGUGCUUGCUUGCUUGCUUGGUUGUUUGGUUGUUGGGUCGCUUAUUAUGCAGGGACUGGGGAAGACAGAGAGAGGGGAGCAGGGCCGAGACAUCGACCUGACAUCGCUGAGAUCCACCAUGCCAGCCAGUGGGCCUCUGCAGGGAGGUUCGACCUCUAAUAUAAACAUGAAUCUGUAUGCCACAAAGAAGACAGCAGCUGAGGGAAUGUUGGACAUCGCUUUGUUUCUGGCUAACAUCACACACAUGAAGACGGUCAUUGAACAAGGAGCUGGAUACAGGUACUACGCUGCUGUCCUGACUCUGAUCUCCUUUUCGCUGGCUCUUCAGAUUGUAGCUGGAGUCCUGAUCAUCAUCAUUGCCCGCAGAGACCUGAACCUGGUGUCCAAUCAGAAACGACUCGACUACCUUAACAACGUGGCCACAGGCGUCAUCUUCGUCACCACGGUGAUCAACUUCUUCAUCAGCUUCUUCGGGUCCAAGAGGACGGGCUUCUUCCGCUGGCUGUUGGCUCGACUCCACUUCUGACGCACACACAGAUGGACUCACACGUUUUCACAUCACAAACAUACGCAGAGCAGACAAACACAAAUGGACCAACAAUUCAUCUAAAGUCACUUGGUUUAUGUAUUGGUUAUUGGUUUUUAUUCAGGGUUGUCUGUGGACUGUAAUCUAACUAAAAUAUUUCCACUUAACCAACUGAACAUCAGCAUGUGUGUGUGCAUCAGUAUUUAUUUAAAUGACUUUAAAUGCUUUUGUCUUCAUAUUUAAUGCUUUGCUUGUUUUACAUUUCAAAUGCUUCAAACUGUUUUAGAGUUCACCUGGUUUUACACCUUGCUUCAUAGCUUUAUUUUAACCCAUAAAGACCCAGUGCUACUUUUGUGGCAGUUCCCAAACGAAUUUUUCCCCUAUAUUUAAGCUUUCUUAACUAAUUUAUCAUCA